AUGAUAACACUUUGGGUCCUUUACUUGGUGGUGAUUACUGCUGCGUCCGCAGCAACUACUGUUAAUUCUCAAACAGUUACCGGAAGUGGCACAGCAACAACCGCUGCCGUGGAGAAGUUACUGAAAGUAACAGUCAGUAACCACUGGAGUGGAGGUUUCCAAGGUGAAUUCUGUAUUCAGAUAACUCAAGAACUCAGUUCCUGGAGGGCUCAUCUUACUUUCGACCAGCCUUUGAAUACUCUUGAGGUUUGGGUGGCAGAUUUGGCUGAGACGAAACAGGGUGGUAAAGAGUUUAUACUGGUGAACAAGCCAUGGAAUUCUGUAGAACACAUAGGAGAUAAACUCUGUGUAACUUUUAUUGGACAUGGCCAGGGUGAUAUACAACCAACUGCUACUGUGUAUAUUGAAGGAAUGACAGCCGCAGUCAUCACACGACAAACGUUUGGUCCUGACUAUACCGGAACGAGUAAGUCCAAAUAUGAAUACUAUGUUUCAGCAACCCAGAACUGUACCAAGUACAACUAUGACGAUAUAUUGAGGAAGUCUAUAUUAUUCUACGAGGCCCAGAGAUCUGGCAAGUUACCAGGCAACAAUAGAAUACCAUGGAGAGGUGAUUCUGGUCUAGAAGAUGGUUCUGAUGUGGGAUUAGAUCUUACUGGAGGAUGGUACGACGCCGGUGACCAUGUGAAGUUUGGAUUCCCCAUGGCGUACUCCACAGCUAUUUUAACCAUGGGUUUGUUACAAUGGAAAGACGCCUACCAAACCAGUAGACAAUUGGAUCAUAUGUACUCCUGUAUUAAAUGGCCAUUGGAUUAUUUUAUCAAAGCUCAUAACAACACCAACGAGCUAUACGUACAGGUUGGAGAUGGUAAAGCGGAUCACAACUUCUGGGGUCGACCAGAGGAUAUGGACAUGGCCAGACCGUCAUAUAAGAUCGACGCUAGUCAUCCAGGAAGUGAUGUAGCUGGUGAAACCUGUGCUGCUUUUGCCGCUGGUUACCUUGCGUUCAAAGAUAAAGAUCCUAAAUAUGCAGCCACAUUAAAACAACAUGCUACAGAACUGUAUGAAUUUGGUAUGAAAUAUCAAGGAGUUUAUACUGAUACGAUAACAGCUGCCGUCGGCUUUUACAAGUCGGGUAACACCACCGAUGAGCUUUGUUGGUCAGCCUUGUGGAUGUAUAUGAUCACCAAUGAGACUAAAUACCUUACUGAAGCCGAGAAACUGUUUCAACCUGGUCCUGCCUGGGGUCUGUCUUGGGACGAUACAACACCUUUGAAUCAAGUACUAUUAUAUAAACUGACGAAGAAAGAUAUAUAUAAACAAGCUGUGAUAGACACAAUGGCGGACUGGAUGCCUGGUGGUUCUGUACCUUACACACCUAAAGGCCUGGCUUGGAGAUCACAGUGGGGUUCCUUGAGAUAUUCAGCCAAUAUGGCGAUGGUGGCUUUAAUGGCAGCGGAAGUGGGAAUAAACGAAAAGAAAUAUCGAGAUUGGGCAAUGGGUCAGAUUCACUAUGCUCUAGGUGAUACAGGAUUCAGUUAUGUGAUUGGAGUCGGUGAUAAAUAUCCAACUCAUCCACAUCAUAGAGCGGCUUCCUGUCCAUGGCCACCAGCUCCCUGCUCUCCAGAGGAAGUGAAUCGACCAGAACCUAGUACCCACACACUCUAUGGUGGACUGGUGGGUGGUCCUGGUAAAAACGACGAGUAUAAAGAUGUACGAGAUAAUUAUGUUUCUAAUGAAGUCGCUACUGAUUAUAAUGCUGGUUUCCAGAGCGCUGUAGCUGGUAGGUUGAUAAUACAGUAG